UGUUUUGUUUUUUGCAGUUUUGCGUGUUAUUACUUAUUUUAGUCUUUGUUACUUUUCGUAUUUUUUUAAUCAACUUUGUCAAGCGUGUUUUGCACUGAUGAGAAGAAAAAGGUUAAAGUUCAAUUUUCUAAAGUUUUCAUUUUUAAAAGUAAUUGUUACAGAAAAUUGAGAUUAGGAGUGUAUUAUGUCACUAUCACCUCAAGUGUUACUAUCAAAUACAGCGCGAGAGAGAUGUAUAGCGAAAUUAAAAGAGUUACCUGCAUUUAUGCAUUCGGGAGUGAAGCCGCAGUAUAAAGCUUCUGUUCUGCUGCCUUUAUUCGUCCAGAAUCGAGAAGUACAUUUAUUAUACACCCUUAGAUCUUCGAAUUUGAAAGCUCACAGUGGUCAGGUGUCAUUUCCGGGGGGGAAAAUGGAAGAGGCUGAAGGGGAGAUUGAGACAGCUUUGAGAGAAACAGAAGAGGAAAUCGGUAUUUGUACGCAAGAUGUGGAAAUUUGGUCUACCAUGUCCCCUGUGCAGGGUCGCGACAAGACUAUGCUGAUAACCCCUGUUGUUGGUUUAGUUAAGAACUUAGACAUUCAAAAUUUAAAUCCAAAUAUACAUGAAGUGGAAGAAAUUUUUUCCGUGCCCAUGUCAGUAUUCUGUAAUGGAGAAAACCAUGGACAUUUAAUGUUCAAUGGAAUGCCUUUACCAUUAUUUUUGCAUGGUAAACACAAAAUAUGGGGCAUCACAGGUUUCAUCACCCAUAUGUUUUUGGAAUGCUUUUUACCCAGUGAAGCUUACAAAGUGGACUUUAUGAGGAAGGGCUUUACACUAGAUGAGCUUAUGCCAUCAAAACUAUGAAAACAAAUAGUAAAUUGCUCAACCUUAUAGGAAAAUUGUAAUUAAUAGCAAGGCUAGUUGGGAUGUGAAUUGAUAUAUGAUUUGUUAACUUUUAUACUAAUUUAUAGAUAGUAACAUGAUUACAGAUGUUUUUAGCAUUAUUACGAGUUACACUAAUGUAACUCACAGUUGAUAGUAAUGUAACAGUUGAUUGGAAGAUUUGACAAGUUCUACAAAAAGGGCUGUUGCAAUAAUGAUUUUAAGAUACUAUUGUAUAUAAAAGAAAAACUGUGAUAGCCUAGUGGUUAGAACGUUCGGCUCCUAAUCGGAAGUUGGGGGUUCGAUCCCGGG